AUGACACCUGACGAUGUUGACUUUGAGUUUGUAGCAGCGGCAAUCUUUGCAUUAGCAAGCGAUAGCCGAAUAAGGAGUGAGAACAGGAAACAUCUUUACGUCGCUCAUGAAUACUUUAAGGAACAUGCAGAUGCAUGUGCAUCGUCAGAAGACGAUGCUGCAGCAGAUGACAGCAGUGCUGCUGCUGCUGCUGCUGGUUCCCGUACAAUAGGCUCCUUUACCAUAAGGAGGUUUGCUGAUUUGCUGCUGCAGCGCGUAGUAGGUGAAUUCACUAAGGAGAAGCAGCAGCAGCUGCAGCACAAACCCUGUGAUUCUAUGCUGGAGUAUCCGCAGCAAAAGAAAAGAUCUUUUAUUUCUGUUUUAGAUAUUCCUGACAAUAUGCAUGCAGCAGCAGAUUUGGGGCUUUCUGCUGCUGCUGAUGCUGCUGCACCAGCAGCAGAAAUAGAUGAAGAUGCAGUGACACCCCAUGAGUCAAAAAAGAGCAAAAAGAAGCAGCGCAUGCUGCAGCAGCUGCAGCAGCAACAACAGCAGCAGCAGCAGCGUGAGACAUCUAUAGAGGAAGAAACAAUGAUAAAGAAAGCAGCAAAAGAAAAAACAAAGAAAGUUUUUGCUGCUGCUGCUGCUGCUGCUAUAAACAACAAUAAAAGAGAAGACGAUUUCGCUAAUACAUCUAAUGGCUUACGUCUGCCUAUCCGCAGCAGCAGUGCAGACAAGGAUAGCAGCAGCAGCUGCAGCAACAGCAGCUGCAACAGCAGCAGCAGCUGCAACAGCAGCAGCUCUUUAGUAGAGGAGGAAGAUAUAACAGAAGGAGCUACACCCGCAGGAAGCUCCGCAUCUUUAGAGGCAAAAAAAAUAAAGAAAAAGAAGAAGGCAGAGGCAGCAGCAGCAGCAGCAGCUGCUGCUGCUGCUGCAACAACAGCAGCAACAACAGCAGAUGAUGCUGAUGUUGGUGUAGCAUCAGCUGCUUCUAGUGCACCUGUACCUGCACCAGGUGAAGAAGGAUCUGCUGCUGCUCCUUCUCCUGCUGCUGCAGCAGCACCAGCUGCUGCUUCUGCUGCUGCUGCGGAUACACCGCAGCAAGAAGGAGGACCUUUACAGCGUAGAAGAAGUAUUCGUGUAUCUGAAUCAUCUACUCCUCCUAGUAAGAGGCUUUCUCCCGUCAUGCGCCAUCUGUAG